AUGCAAAACAGCAGCGUGACCGACGGUUACCUCUGCCUCGUCCCUGAGGAGAGUAACGGCACGAACCCUGACCUGCUGCUCAAUAAGAUCGGCCGGGUGCUGUACAACCGGCCAGCGAUAAUGUGGCCAUCGAACUACGACACCAACUUCACCGUCCUCAUCCGCAAGCGCCCCAACGCGACCUACUUCGGAGACGGUAUGGCGUUCGUGAUGACCACCGACAUGCGCCAGAGCCCCCAGGAAGCACCGGCGGUUUUUUGGGCCUGUUCGACCAGAGUACGAAUGGUGAGCCACGGAAUCCCUCUCAGUUCUCGAUGCGAUGAAAUAUUAGGGGUUCGUAUACAACGCUCGCUUUUAGUCUAUAUACUUCCGCUCCGUUGCACGACAACGAUCUAAAAAAUUAAAUUGAUUUUUUUCUAUAUAAUUUUAAACAAAAUGGAAUUUUACUCGCAUUAAGUUUUUGUGUGUUACCAGGAUAUUCCCUCAAGGAAUGUAAUGUUUUCAAUUUGUAGUUUUAGAUCAUCUAAAAGAAGUUGGGUUUGAGGUUUAAUGUAUUGCUCUCUACAUCCGGACCGAUUAACAAAGGUUGAUGAUCAAUCGAUUCCCGAAUCCACAUUCCAACAUCAAGAACCUUUAAUUCACGUAUGUAUUAUGUGGAAGGUGGGACAUAUGAGAGAACCUUAUUUAUCGUUUCUAUUCGACUCCUUACAGAAACCGAAGCUCCUCUCCUCACUUGGGUAGUCUUCUCAUUGAUGCGGGCACAUAGUCGAUGGCGUAAAAGAGGCGAUGCUGUUCGUAAAGCCUUGAAGCUAUAAUAUCUAAUUAUCUUGAAUAUUUGAAAGUCUCUGACUGAUAAUUUUAAGUUCUGGAUAUUUUGGUCUUGGACUAAUGACGUUACCUACUUAGCAUGGAACACGACGGGGCAGCUGGCCGUGGAGAUCGACACCGUACCGAACGAAUACGAAAUCCAGGAAUAUCACGUCGGUGUUGACAUCGCUAGCAUCGUCUCUAACAUCACUGCGCCUCCUAGCAAAGCCAACGUCGACCUGAACAGGGAAAUACCAGUGACUUACAGGGUGAAUUACGACGGGUGGACGAAGAAACUGGAGGUCUCCGCGGGGUACGCCGGCCAGGAACCCCUCAAGAGCGUCCUCAACUUCUCUAUCGUCAUCGCCAAGAUAGAUCCCAUCUACGUGGGUUUCACCGCGGCCUCGGGUCCCUCGCUUGACGCCAGCGAGAGCAUCCGGGUUCUCAGCUGGAACUUCUCGUCAACCCCACUGCCGGACUCGAAGCAUAGAGUUGGCACCAUUCUCGCCAUCAUCCUGUCGAUCCCUUUCGGUGUUAUCUUACUAGGGCUGCUGAUCCUGCUCGGGGUGAGGAAGUGGAGGAGGUGAUUGAGGAACGCAGCGAAUGCGCCCAAGGUGUACACGUACGACAAGCUCUCGACGGCCACAAGGCGUUUCAGCAGUGCCAACUUACUCGGUAAGGGUGGGUUUGGCAGUGUCUACAGGGGGAACUUUUCUAAUCCACCUUCAGUAGUUGCUGUCAAAAGAAUCUCCGCCACCUCCAAACAAGGUUUGCCAUGAUCAAGAAUAACUUUACCUCUGCACAUGUGAGUAGUCUUAAAAAUGUGAUAUGCUCUGAUUUGGCAGCUUAGUUCUGACAACUAAUUAGGAAUGCGCGUGAGCUGGUAAGACUUUACCUCGUCCAUACCGAUGUAACAGCAUCAACCAGAUAACAAAUGAGUUUACCCGUACACUAAACUCACUUGCCGGCAGUGUAUUACGUUUUACCACUUUUUGAUCGCACCAUUGUCUUAUAUUCAUCAGGCGAGAGGGAGUACUUUGCGGAGAUAUGCACUAUCGGGCGUCUACGUCACAAGAACAUCGUGCAGCUUCAGGGGUGGUGCCACAGCGGCAAGAGCCUCCUAACUCGUCUACGAGUUCAUGCCCAACGGAAGCCUCGACCGCCACAUUACCGCCGGAACCCUCGACUGGCCCACUCGCCACCGCAUACUCCUCGGCCUCGCCUCCGCCCUCCUCUACCUCCACGAGGAGUGCGGCGGCACCGUCGUCCACCGCGAUGUCAAGCCCAACAACGUCCUCCUCGAUGCCGACUUCGAGGCCCACCUCGGCGACUUCGGCUUGGCCCGCCUAGCCCAGGGAACAGACCGGACCACCUCCACCACCGUCCUCGCCGGCACCAUCGGGUACCUCGCCCCCGAGUACGGCUACACCGGCAAGGCCACCCCCGAGUCCGACAUCUUCAGCUACGGCGUCGUGGUGCUGGAGGUGGUCUGCGGGAGAAUGUCCUUGCUGGGAUGGGACGAUAACAACCUGUUGGAUCACGUCUGGGACCUCUACAUCUCCGGCAAGCUGCUCCAGGCGGUGGAUUCGAGACUAGAGUGUCAGUUCGACGAGGAGGUAAGGAGAACACUUUUGGUGGGGCUCAUGUGCUCCCACACGAACCCGGCGAGUCGGCCGAGGAGCAGGCAGGUGGUGCAGAUCCUGGGGAACCCGAAUCAACCGCUGUUGGUGAUGCCGGAGAGCCGGCCAGACAUCAUCAUACCCUCCUCCUCGAGAACGGAGACCGGAUUCACCUAUGGGGGCGUCGCAGUACAGCUCUAG